GCCUACUCUCAAGCCACUACUUUCAGAAUAUUUCAAUAUUUUUACAGGUUUUUUGGGGGUUUUUUUAGGUAAGUUUUAAAAAUUCUAGCGCAAAAUUUUUGUAGUAACCGACAGCCACGAAUAACCUUAUAGGUGACGCGGGUUACCACCCAACACAAAGUGUACAAAUCGUUGUCCCCAUCCACUUAACACCGAAAACAUCCGAAAACGAAAACGCCGGAAACAGCAUGAACACAUUGAACACGUGCUGGCUUGUUUACAGGUGAUCUUACCGAAAGUUUGACGCCUUCGGAGUGUGCUACGGCCGCUACAUCCGCACUAUGGCUUUGUCGUUUAGUAGCAGCGGUCGUGCCGCAAUCGAUCAAACUUUGGACGCGUCUGUCGAGAGCUUAGCGCGAACCAGCGACUCCGAGAUCGCAUCCAAAUACGAGAUUGAGCGCUGCGUGGCAUGGAUCCAAGAUCAUGGUUAUAAAACGAUUGCGCUUCAGUUUCCGGACGAAAUGCUUAUCGAUUCCGUGAGGGUCACGCUGCUCAUUCAGAAAGCCGUUGUCGAUGUUCGCCUCUUCAUCCUCGGUGACACGUCUUACGGAAGCUGUUGCGUGGACGAAGUCGCUGCAGAGCACAUUCAGGCGGACAGCAUCAUUCACUUCGGUCACUCCUGCCUUAGUGUGCCGUCGAAGCUGCCGGUCCUCUUCGUCUUCGGAAACAGCCCCUGCGACUUGAACGAACUGGAGCAAGGCUUGAAGAAUGCAUACUUUGACCCAGACACCCAGAUUGUGGUGCUUUUUGACACUCAGUACGACCAUUGCAGGGAUGAAAUCUUCAAAAUUGUCCACAAGAGUUACAAGAAUGCGGUGCCGUCCACCCUGAUCAUCCCCGGCGAUCCGGUCGGCGAGUCGGAGACCAACCCAAACUCCGUCUGCAAGUGCUCUCGAAGAAUUGCGCUCCCGGCUUCUUCGAAGAUAGAAGACUACGCCCUCUUCUAUGUGGGACCUGAGGGCCGAACUCUCACAAACCUCAUCUUUACCUUCAAUGAGUGCCAGUGCCACUCGUACGACCCAGAGACCCAGCGCGUCCGCAAGGAGAGCGUGGCCGUGAACCGUCACCUGAUGAGGCGCUACUACCUCAUCGAGAAGGCCAAGGACGCCCGGAUAGUCGGGAUCCUGGUGGGGACCCUGGGCGUUCGCAACUACCUCUCUGUGCUGGACCAUCUGAAGAAGCUCAUUAGGAGAGCGGGCAAGAAGCCCUACAUUCUCGCGGUGGGCAAACUCAACGUUGCGAAGCUCGCAAACUUCCAGGAAGUGGACGUCUACGUCCUGGUGGCAUGUCCAGAGAACACGCUGCUGGACUCAAAGGAGUUCUUUCGCCCCGUCAUCACGCCGUUUGAACUGGAGGUGGCGCUCAAUCCGUCGCGAGAGUGGAACCGGACAUUUUCCACGACCUUCGGAGACAUCUUGCCAGGUGGAGACCUCUACAUGGAUCUGCAAGAGCAGACAGGAUUGGAGGUCUACGACGUCUCCUUGGUGACCGGGAUGAUUCGCACCAUGGGUGCACGGGAGCAUGGCGUUGACUCGGCAAAGGAGUGUGCCUUGGUAGCCAAAGAGGGGACAGUGUCUAUACCACAGCUACAUACUGGAGCUGCAGGGGAGUUCCUAAUGAGGCGAUCAUGGCAAGGCCUAGAUGCCGACCUGGGCAAGACUCCGGCCUCGAGAGUCGUCAAGGGCAGGUCAGGACUUGCGGCAGGCUACGAGGGUGAAGGAAAAGACGGCGCUGACCCCGUGCCAUAGCCAAGCCCAGUCAACUACACUUAGCCGUGAGCAAGACAAGGUGAAGCGAGGGGACGACAUGCCACACACCAACUAUACAAAAGACAGAUGUGCGCUGCAUGUCAUGCUGAACAUAACCGCACACCUGACAAACUGUGGUGCGUGUUGGCGAUAGAAGAAACCAGGGGAUGAAAAUGUGUCCCAAUAAAAUGGAGUUCGCUCGAUAUGCA